GUAAAUAAUAAUAAUAAAAAAAACAGAAUACAAUAGAAUAUGGGGUUAUAUGGUGGAUAUUGCAGCAAAAGAAAAACCAGAGCUUCAAUGCUGAAGGAUGAGAGAGACAACAAAGGGGAUUGAGAAGAGAGAGAGAGAGAGAGAGAGAGAGAGAUGGUGAUGAAAGAGGAGGUUUAAGGGAGGGUUUUAGGUCCACCAACUGGUAGUUAGAGAUAGAACUCCUUAACCAAACAUAUGCGCAACAACACCCGAAGAAGAAGAAGAGGAAGAAUUUGAAACAAGAAGCAAAAAAAGAGACAAGGGGGUCAAGUAGUACCACCUACUACAACUGGGUUUCAAAGCAAAUAACCUCAAAAAGCAAAAAGUUCUUUUAUUUCUUCUUUUAUCUCCAAAAAGAGGUAAAUAGUUAGAAGAGAGAAAGCUGUCAUCUUUGGAACGGAAAGAGGGGGAGAGAGAGGUAUUGGAUUCAAGUUUGUGUGUGAAUCUCUCACGUGGCUUUUGAUGCAAAUGAUGGAUAAAGAAUAUAUGAUUAGUAAAAAAGGAGGAAAAAAAGUGAUAUAGUUCAUUCAUUGUCUUUUUCUUCUUUCCCUCUCUCUCUCUCUCUCUCUCUCUCUCUUGAGCAAAAAAAAAAUGAAGUUUUUUUGAAGUUUGGGUUUAUUUUGCUUUUAUAUUUUUUUGUUUGGUAUGUGAAAAAAUUUCGAUGAAAAGUGAAGUAUUGGGUUGUUGUUGUUGUUCUGGGUUCUUGGGAUCACUAAGUGUUUGGUUUCUUAAGGAUUUUGUUACCAUCAGCGGAUCGGGUAGUGUCUUUGAGAAUUCUUGUUCCCCACAACUCCCACAACUGUUACUGGUUUUCAGUUCGAAGCGUGACUAUGUAAUCUGACUUGAACGGGCGGACAGGAAAGUUUAAAGAUUGAGAGGAAUAUGGCUACAUAUUACACUGGAUCCAAUAAUCAAAGGGAUACUGCUCCAAUGAUCUAUUUAAGAGAAUCGAUGCCUGGUUCAUAUCCAGAGGCACCAGUUCUUCCUGGUAAUACAAUGAUGUAUAUGAAUUCUGUGUCAUACACAGAUGCAUUUGCUGGGAAUUCUCAGCAGCAAAAUAACAGCAUUGAGAUUCAAGAUGUGGAAGCUUCAGAUUCAACUUCACAGCAGCAAGAAAUCUUGUCAAAUGUUGGUGGCUCACGAGUUGGGCAACAUGAUUUUGGUGCUUGGAGGGAUGGUAGAAAUGAAAUUCUAGUUAUGCAUCCAAUGGUUGGUACUACCAGCAUCCUUCACGGUGGUCAAAACCUGCAAGGUCAAGGAUUAUCCCUAAGCCUUGGAACUCAAAUUCCCUCUGGAAUUCAAAUACCUUCUAUUCCCUAUCGAAAUCCCAAUUCAGGUUUUGCUUCAUUCUUGAGUCCUAAUCCAUCACUUACUGGGGAGGGUGGCAGCAGGAAUAGCUCUUCUAGAGAUGAACAGUUGAGAAAUGCUGAAUAUUUGCCACCUGGUUUUUCUGGAGGUAACCAAGAUUCAAAUAAAGGGGAUUUAUCUGCAUAUGGAAUGCCGAGUGUUGCAAGAACUAUUCCUAAUUCCAAAUAUCUCAAGGCAGCUCAGCAACUGCUUGAUGAAGUUGUUAAUGUUCGAAAGGCUUUAAAGCAGGCUGAUGGAGAGAAAAACCAAAGCUCACAAGACAACCGGAUGAAGAGUUUCAAGGAAGAUGAUGGGGGAUCAAAGAAUGUACCUUCAAACCAGCAAGAAUCCUCCAAUAACUCUCCAAACGAGCUUUCACACGCUGAAAAACAAGAACUACAAAGCAAGUUAACAAAGCUGUUGUCCAUGUUGGAUGAGGUUGAUAGAAGGUAUAAACAGUAUUAUUAUCAGAUGCAGAUUGUAGUGUCAUCAUUUGAUGUUAUAGCAGGGUGUGGAGCUGCUAAGCCUUACACAGCACUUGCGCUGCAGACUAUAUCCCGCCAUUUUCGAUGCUUGCGUGAUGCAAUUAAUGGUCAAAUUCGGGCAACCCGUAAAAGUCUUGGGGAGCAGGAUAGUUCAGAAAACGGUAAAGGAGUAGGAAUUACUCGUCUGCGUUAUGUGGAUCAGCAGCUCCGGCAACAGAGAGCUCUUCAGCAGCUUGGUAUGAUGCAACAACAUGCAUGGAGGCCUCAGAGGGGCCUGCCUGAAAGUUCUGUUUCAAUACUUCGUGCUUGGCUGUUUGAGCAUUUUCUUCAUCCCUACCCAAAGGAUUCUGAUAAGAUCAUGCUAGCAAGACAAGCAGGUUUGACAAGAAGUCAGGUUUCCAAUUGGUUUAUAAAUGCACGGGUGCGUCUCUGGAAGCCUAUGGUUGAAGAGAUGUACAAGGAAGAAUUUGUGGAUGCAGGAAUGGACUCAAAUUCUUCUUCUGAAAAUGCAGUCAAAGCAACAAAAGGUGAUUCAAGGACCUCUGAGGACAGAGGUGAAGAUGUGCAACAAAGUGGGAGUUCAUCAGCCACAGAGAGAUGUAGCACUGGACAGUUGAUAGAUUCCAAAUCCGACCAUGUUCCUGAUGUAGAUAUGGCAGGAUCAACUACUGGAGCUGGUUUCCUAAAUGUCACACGUGGAGAAGCUGAAACUGAGUAUGCAUUACUGAAGCUAAGGGAGGAGCGGCGUCCCAAUUUGGAUGAUUCUAACCUCUUCCCUGAUGCAAUUCGUAAUUCUGAUGGUGGUGGUGAUCAGUUUAUGGCAGCUGCUGCUUACCACAUGUCAGAAUUGGGGAGGUUUGGAAGGGGAACUGGUGUCUCUCUCACUUUAGGAUUGCAGCAUUGUGAGGGUGGUAGUGUACCUAUGUCAGGUGGAGGCCAUCAAAAUUUUGUUGCAAUGAGAGGAGACGACACAUACAAUCCUGCAGCAUCUUCUGUAGGAACCGAAACAGCAGAUUUUGAAUGCAUAAAUCCUGGUAACCGGCAGCACAGGUUCAGUUCCCCUCAUUUGUUACAUGAUUUUGUAGCAUGAAAUGUGCUUUACUGAAGAUUUAAAUUGGUUAAUGUAUUAUUCUCUUAUGGAGAGAAGAAACAGGAGAGCGAGAGCCAGGUUCUCAACUCCUCUGAACGUUCACCUUGGUUGCCUAGGUAUUGGAAAUAUUAGACCUCUGAAUAUGAAAAGUAUAAAACACAGUUGUAAUAUAUCAAGAAAUUGAUUGGAGGGUUAGCAUAUUUGUAAAGAUAAUAAUUUUUGUUCAUUAUGUGAAGGAAAAAUGUACAAUUAAUUGCAGCUUCAGUAUUGAAGAAAAAAACACUCCUGAUUUGAAAUAAAAGUAGGAAUUGGCUUGUUCUAUCCAGGUGACACAUUAACAUUUUACAGGUGCAAAUUCACUCAACUAUGCUGAUGCAACUU